AUGCAGAUCGAGUAUUUGGUUGUCGCUUUCGAUGACGAACACCAAAAGGUCCGCCUUUCGCUAUGCCAAGCGGAUGUUCUUAAAGCUCUUGCUCGAGACGAAGAACUCGCAAAGAAAGGACCAGUGGUCCCUGACUUGCAAAAUGGACGUGGAGCUCUUCCAACGUUUCACCCUGAAUUCGGUCGAUUUAUGCUUGAAGCCACCCCUGGCAAGCCAUGGGGUAUCGGUUUCAAGGACUUGCUGGAUGUUGAGUCAGAUAUGAAGAACCGCCGUGUGAUCGCCAAAGACCACAUGGAUCCCGACCAGUAUCCCGUAACACUCACGACAUUUCCACGCCUUGGGUGUCGGGAAGACUUCAUUUCGCCUUACUACCCUCCUUCUGGACCUGCCCUUCGCUCUCAAUUUGUUCCCGAUGAAAUUGCCAAUCCUCAUAUUCGAUUUCCCACCCUUGCUGCCAACAUUCGCUCGCGCCGCGGUCGCAAAGUCGAACUGAAUGUCCCUGUCUUCAAAGAUAAGAAUACGCCCUCUCCCUUCCACGACCCAACGGUGAACUAUGACCUCCAUAAAUGGCCUGAGGACGAUGAUGUCCGUAAUGGUGCAGCAAAACCCGACUGCGUGUACAUGGAUGCAAUGGCAUUUGGCAUGGGCAGUUGCUGUCUACAAAUCACUUUCCAAGCCAAAAACAUACGUGAAGGUCGCACUCUUUAUGACCAACUAUCUCCUCUUGGCCCGAUCAUGCUGGCCCUGACCGCUGCUACUCCAAUCUACAAGGGUUUUCUCGUCGACACGGAUGUUCGCUGGAACCAGAUUUCCCGUGCGGUCGACGACCGGACACCAGAAGAAUUGGGGGAGGUUCCACUCAAGAAUGAUCGGUGGCGGAUACCGAAGUCCAGAUAUGCUAGUAACAGUACAUACAUCGCAGAGGAUCCACGGCGACGGCCAGAAUACAUGGAUCCCGAUCUUAUUGUCGACGAGACACUGAAGCAAAAGCUUGUAGGCGGGGGCAUGGAUGAUCUCCUCGCCACACACUUUGCUCACCUCUUCAUUCGAGACCCUAUCGUCAUCUUCUCCGAAGACCUCAAGACCCUCGACCCUGAAGGCUCCAACCAUUUCGAAAACAUCCAGAGUACUAAUUGGCAGCACAUGCGAUUCAAGCCGCCGCCACCAGACGCCGAUAUCGGUUGGCGAGUUGAGUUCCGCUCAAUGGAGAUCCAAAUGACCGAUUUUGAAAACGCAGCCUUCAGCAUUUUCAUCGUGCUCGUCACCCGAGCCAUCCUAUCAUUUGACCUGAACUUCUACAUCCCGAUCGCCCGCACGACAGAAAACAUGGAGACUGCACACACGAGAGACGGGGUGAUGAAGUCGAAAUUCUGGUUCAGGAAGAACCCCUGCCCCCCACGACGCAGUACGAAGGACUUGGCACCGAUGGCCAACGGCAGCGAAGCAGGAGGGAUGCCAGGUGCACCAGCGUCUCUUCGAGCGGCCGCACAACAAACACCACAACCCAGCCGCCCACCGACCCCCGGUCCUGUGGAAGACGAAUACAGACUGAUGACCAUCGACGAGAUCAUCAACGGAACCCGAAAUGAAGACAACAACCCGGACGAUUUCCCCGGGCUCAUUCCACUCGUGGAGCUGUACCUCGACAGCGUCAACAUCGAUGUGACCACACGCUGCGAGCUGGCGCGCUACCUGGACCUGAUCCGCAAGCGCGCCAACGGCACCCUCUGGACCGGUGCCAAGUGGAUCCGCGAGUUCGUCCGCUCACAUCCCGACUACAACGGCGACAGUGCCGUCAGUGAGAAGAUCGUCUAUGAUCUGUUCAAGAAGGUCGAAGAAGUCACCUGCUGCGAAGGCCGCCCCGCGGGCAAAGGGCCCGGGUGGGAGAUGUUAACCGCGAAGCGGAGGGUUGUGGGUUUGGAUGAUUAA